AUGGACAUGGACAGCUACCCAGGGGGGAGCACCUCGGGACCUAACAUCACAAACUGCACCGUCUUACCGGCCAGCAGCCUGCAGGCGGUCCAGUUCACAGACGGGAUGGCGGUGGUGGUGGUCAUUCUCGGCCUCCUCACUUUCCUCACUGCGCUCAUCAACGGUGCCGUUAUCGUCGCUAUCUGCACCACCAAGAAGCUCCACCUGCCUGCCAACUACCUCAUCUGCUCCCUGGCCGUCACUGAUUUCCUGGUGGCGCUACUCGUCAUGCCCAUCAGCAUCCUCUACAUCACCAUGGAGACGUGGUCGCUGGGUCAGGUGGUAUGCGAGAUGUGGUUGAGCAUGGACAUGACCUGCUGCACCUGCUCCAUCCUGCACCUGUGUGUCAUUGCCCUGGACAGGUACUGGGCCAUCACCAAAGCUAUCGAGUACACUCGCAAGAGGUCAGGCCGCCGUGCUGCCAUCAUGGUAGGAAUAGUCUGGGUCAUCUCAGUUUUUAUAUCCAUGCCACCCUUGUUCUGGAGGCAGAGGCCCAGCAGCGACAGCUUCCAGCAUUGCAUCAUAGAGCACGACCACCUGGGAUACACUAUAUAUUCUACUUUGGGGGCGUUUUACAUCCCCAUGAUCAUCAUUCUUAUCUUAUACUACAGGAUUUACAACGCCGCCAAAACUCUUUACCAGAAGCGUGGCUCUUCUCGGCACCUCAGCAGCCGCAGCAUGGGCAGUCAGAACUCUGUGGACCAUUGUCGGGUCUCCCACACUUUCUGUGUGUCAGACUUGUCCAACUCCGAUCCCACACUGGCUCCUGACAAACUCAACGCCACCAUCCGCAUCCCGUCCUUUGAGACAGACAUGGACGGGCAGGAUGAAAAGAACCAGAUAUGCACCUCACGCGAGAAGAAAGCAGCGCGAAUCCUCGGCCUCAUCCUCGGGGCCUUCAUCAUCUGCUGGCUGCCUUUUUUUUUGAAGGAGCUCCUGGUGGGUCUGCAAGUGUUGCAGCCCUCUCAGCUUCUGUCCGACUUCCUGACCUGGCUGGGUUACAUCAACUCUCUCAUCAAUCCCCUACUGUACACCAGCUUCAAUGACGAUUUCAAGCUGGCUUUUAAAAAGCUGCUCAAGAGAAAAGAGCAUGUGUAG